CAGAUCAUAUUUUUUUCAUUGCCCUAUCACAAACCCUUCUUUCUUUCCUCCUGCUCAAAAAUCAAGCACACGCUUUCAUAUUCAACUCGAUCAAAUCCAACCUCUUCAACUUCAAACUCCAAAGUCAACUCCUUCGUCUUCUUCCUCUAUUCUGGUCAAGGUAAAUUCUUCUAUACGAGGAUACAAACAGUUUCUUUGAUCUAAACCCUAUUCUCAUGUUCUCAAAUCAAAUCUCACGUUUGUUUCAUGUUAUUUGACCUGGUCCAGUGGGAGAUCUUUGGGGAAAUGUAUUAUUUCAUUAAUUGCUAUUAGAUAUGAUGUUAGGAUUUAUUGUUUUGUUAACAUGGAAAUUGGGUUUAUUGAUUGUGAAUAGUCUUCUGAUUUGUGAUAACUGACUUGUUCUAGUGCUGAUUAUCGAUUUGAUCCAGGUGGGGUAGGUUGGUUGGAGUUUCGCUAAUUGAAAAUUAAGAGGGGCUAUUUGAGAUGCUUUUAGUGAAUUUGGAUCUGAAUUCUAGAGGCUGAAGUGGUUGAUUGAAGUUUUUCUUGAUCUUAUGAUGGAUGGUUCUCAAGGCGGUUCAAAUUCAUCACCACCAUUUCUCACAAAAACAUAUGAGAUGGUAGAUGAUCCCUUGACUGAUCAUAUUGUUUCUUGGAGUCAUAUUGGGACUAGUUUUGUUGUUUGGAAUCCACCGGAAUUCGCUAGUGAAUUGCUUCCCAAGUACUUCAAGCACAACAAUUUCUCCAGUUUUGUUCGACAGCUCAAUACAUAUGGUUUUAGGAAGAUAGAUCCCGACCAAUGGGAGUUUGCGAACGAUGAAUUCAUAAGAGGACAACGACACCUUCUGAAGAACAUUCACCGGCGGAAGCCAAUCCAUAGCCACUCAGCACCGCCUCAAGGGAGUUCUUCAUCCGCCCUAUCUCUUUCAGAAAAACAGGAAUAUGAGGACGAUAUUAAGCGAUUAAAACACGAAACCAGCUCUCUUCGGCUUCAGCUACAAAGGCACAAGAACGAAAAUCAAGAAAACGAACAAAAGUUAACUUCUUUACGGGAUCGUCUAAAGAACAUACAACUCCGGCAAAAGAAAAUGAUGUCGUUCCUUGCUCAACUACUAGAAAAACCCGGGAUUUCGUCCACAAACAACAAAAAGAGAAGGUUACUGAUAUCUACAUACUUGCACGAUGAAGCGAACGCCGAUGAAAACGAGAAUCCAGAUGCCAGUCCGUUGUUGAAUCACGGGCUAAACAAGCUGGAUUCAAGUUUGAAAUUUUGGAUGGAUUUUGUGACCAAUAUCGUUAAAGCUUCAGGUGAAGAAACAUAUAAUUUUGGCAUUGUUUCACAGCCAUCAACACUUGUUAUACCCGAAAAACGAAUCUCUGGUGAUUGUGAUUCCCCGGAUUUGGCCGUAUCUUUGAAUCAUGCCGAUAGCCCGGCCGUUUCACUGAUCUACGCCAAUCAAGAUUCUCGAGUGAAAUCUUCAGGAAUUGAUGUGAAUGCUGAGCCUGUUGCUGUUGCCGAAGCUGACGCUACAGCUACAGCAGCAGCAACAACAGGCCCAACAGUACAAACAGGAGCAAAUGAUGUAUUCUGGGAACAGUUUCUGACGGAAACUCCUGGCGGUGGCGACACACAGGAAGUUCAGUCGGAAAGACGGGAUGUAAUUAACAAACACGAUGAAGGUAAUGUGUUGGGUCAGCGUAAAUCUUUAUGGAAUACAAAUAAUUUAGAUAAAAUUACAGAAAAGAUGGGAAAUCUUAGUCCUUCCGAUAAGCUUGAUGUUCGAUGAUACGGUUUAUAUUUUGGAUGUCUCGUUGUACAAUACCGCCCAUUCGGCCCGUUUCGGAUCUUACGUUUUCAUCAGGGAUUUUUCGUAGUCAAACAAUUGUUCAAUACCAAUGGCUCGUUUAAGCAUUGUAUUAUAUUUCAGGGAAUGUCGUUUACAAUUUUGUCGUGUUUUACCGUAGUGUUUUUGUUGUGUUUUACAGUAGAUCUGCUGAAUUGUUUCAGCGAAAAGGGGUGGAGGUUUUACAAC